AUGGAUCUGGUCCACAGCUGGGGUGUGGAGCUGGUGCAGCAUCUGCAGACCAAAUACAGUAGCUACGAAGGUCUGUUCAGUCUGGCCUCUACUGUGGCCGACCUUCACACCACCUUCUUCUUCUUCUUCCCCAUCUGGUUCCAUCUGCGGAGGGACACUGCACUCCGGCUCAUCUGGGUGGCUGUCAUCGGGGAUUGGAUCAACCUGGUCCUCAAAUGGGUUCUUUUUGGAGAAAGACCAUAUUGGUGGGUUCACGAUACCCACUUCUACGGGGCAAGAGCGGCCCCUUUGCUGCAGCAGUUCCCCAUUACAUGUGAAACUGGACCAGGAAGUCCCUCUGGUCACGCGAUGGGUGCUGCAGGGGUCUGGUAUGUGAUGGUGACGGCCAUACUCACCAUUGCAGCAGAGAAACGGUGUCCACCAUUUCUGUACAAAGUCUUGCAUGUGGUUCUAUGGGUGAUCAUGGGCCUGAUGGUGCUGGGGGUGUGCAUGUCCAGGGUCUACAUGGCAGCCCACUUCCCGCACCAAGUUGUCGCUGGGAUCGUCACAGGCGUGAUGGUGGCCGAAGUCAUGUCAAAGCUGAAAUGGAUCUACAGUGCCGGCUUGAGGACCUACGCCUUCACCACCCUCCUCUUGACCUCCUUUGCCGUGGGCUUCUACCUGCUGCUCAAGGCUCUGGGUGUGGACCUUCUGUGGACCUUGGCGAAGGCCCAGAGGUGGUGUGCCAGGGCUGAAUGGGUGCACCUGGACAGCACGCCGUUUGCCAGUCUCCUACGGAACAUGGGCAGCCUGCUGGGCCUUGGCCUGGGCCUGCACUUGCCACCUCUGCAUGGCACCGCCGUUGCUUUCAAGGCGGGAUGCGUUGUCGUCUCUCUCGCGUUCCUCAGGCUCUUGGACGCAUGGACAUUUUCCUCCGAAAACCUGGUGGCUUUCUACUGCUUGUCCUUCGGUAAGAGCGCAGUUGCACUUUUAAUCCCGACAACGUUUGCCCCACGGGCUCUCUGCUGGAUAAGCACAAGAAGCACAGGUAGCAAGAACUUGUGAUCAAUGGGAUGUUUCAUUUUGGUGCUAUAUUGUUUCAUAUAUGGAUUUUGGGCAAUGCUAGUGUGCUGGGAUGGAAACAAAUUGUAGUCCUGUGCUUUGCUGUGUUGAUAAGAGUUAAUGUACAUAUAUUGCUCUUAUCUACAUAUGCCGGAAGCUAGUUUUGAUUUAAAACGAAGGCACAAACUAGCUAAAUGGCUACAUGUUUUGCUACACUUUUUGCUUUCUGGCUUAGGCUUCAUACGUAUUUUUUUUUUUCAUGUAUUCUUUCUUGA